AUGGCGGUCCCAAAAGACACACUCUUCCGCUCGGCGGACAUGUCUCUUACGCAGCUAUACAUUGCGAACGAGAUAGGAAGAGAAGUUGUCAGUGCGUUGGGCGAGAUAGGAGAAGUUCAAUUUCGAGAUCUCAAUUCGAACACUACAGCUUUCCAAAGGACUUUCACGCAAGAGAUUCGAAGAUUAGACAAUGUUGAACGGCAGUUACGGUACUUUAAGGCAGAAAUCGAAAAAGAGUCGAUUCCCGUGCGUCCUCGAUAUGAGCUACCAAACAUGCUUGCCGCCCCUUCAGCAUCAGAGAUCGAUGAGCUUGCCGACAAAUGCCAAGGCCUCGAGCAGAGAGUUGCAUCUUUGAACGAUAGCUACGAAACCCUAAAGAGGCGAGAAAUUGAGCUUACAGAAUGGCGAUGGGUUCUUACCGAAGCGGGAAGCUUCUUUGACAGAGCACAUGGUAAUGUUGAGGAGAUUCGACAAUCAACCGACAACGACGAAGCCCCGCUACUUCAGGACGUCGAACAGCAAGCUCGAGGUCAGAAUGGCGAUGCCUCGGGCCAGACCUUGUCGGCCAUGAACAUCGGAUUCGUAUCUGGGGUCAUACCCCGUUCUAGAAAUGCUGCUUUCGAGCGGAUUCUGUGGCGAACCCUUCGCGGUAAUCUGUAUAUGAAUCAAGCUGAGAUCCCUAAGCCACUACUCGAUCCCGCUAGCAAUGAAGAGGUUUACAAGAACGUUUUCGUCAUCUUUGCGCAUGGAAAGGAAAUCAUUGCCAAAAUCCGCAAAAUAUCGGAGUCACUAGGUGCUGACUUAUACAGCGUUGACGACAAUAGCGAGCUUCGUCGUGAUCAGGUUCAUGAAGUUAACAGCCGACUGAGUGAUCUGGGCAGCGUUCUUGGCAACACGAAACGCACCUUGGACGCUGAACUUACGCAAAUAGCAAGAAGCCUUUCGGCUUGGUUAGUAAUUACUAAGAAGGAAAAGGCUGUAUAUGAGACGCUAAAUCGUUGCUCUUACGAUCAAGCUCGCAAGACCUUGGUUGCUGAAGCAUGGGUACCAACCAACUCUCUACCACUCAUCAAGUCCACCCUCCAAGACGUCAAUGAAAGAGCCGGCAUGACGGUGCCCACCAUCGUCAAUCAAAUUCGAACUUCCAAGACCCCGCCGACCUACAACAAGAAGAACCGAUUUACGGAAGCCUUCCAGACGAUCAUUGAUGCUUACGGAACCGCCAAGUACACCGAAGUCAAUCCAGGACUUCCAACCAUUGUGACGUUCCCCUUCCUUUUCGCAGUGAUGUUUGGUGAUCUUGGUCACGGAUUUAUCCUAACCUGCGCCGCUUUGGCUAUGAUCUACUUCGAAAAGCCAAUGUCAAGAACGAAACUGAACGAGCUGGUCUCCAUGGCAUUCUAUGGACGUUUCGUCAUGCUUAUGUUUGGAAUAUUUUCUAUUUACACUGGACUGAUAUACAACGAUGCAUUCUCAAAGGCCUUAUCUUUAUUUCCGAGUCAAUGGGAAUGGCCAUCCGACUUCAAAGAGGGAGACUCGGUCGAGGCACAAUUGAAAGGUAAUUAUCGCUAUCCUUUUGGCCUUGACUGGAAUUGGCACGGAACUGAGAACGAGCUUCUGUUCUCGAACAGCUUCAAAAUGAAAUUGAGUAUCCUGAUGGGAUGGUCUCAUAUGACCUAUUCUCUGUGUCUCUCGUUCCUGAACGCUCGCCAUUUCAAGUCACCAAUCGACAUUUGGGGCAACUUUGUACCUGGCAUGGUGUUCUUCCAAUCAAUAUUUGGCUACCUGGUCUUUUGCAUCAUCUAUAAAUGGUCGAUUGACUGGUACCCGGCGAACGGAGAACCUAAGAAUCCUCCUGGACUGCUCAACACGCUAAUCUAUAUGUUCCUCCAGCCAGGAGUAGUCGAUCCCAAGGAGCAACUUUAUUCAGGCCAGAAAGCAGUGCAGGUCAUCUUGCUCCUCAUUGCAGUCAUUUGUGUUCCUAUUCUCCUAUUGCUGAAGCCAUUAUACCUUCGUCGAGAGCACAACAGAGCCCGCGCUCUCGGGUACAGAGGUAUAGGUGAGACCUCAAGGUUCAGUGCUCUUGACGAAGAGGGUGAGGAUGGGCAAACCAUGAAUGGUGGCAGGGACAGCAUGGGCUCUGACAACGAAGCUGCCGCCAUGAUCACGCAAGAUAUUGGGGAUGAAGAGCAUGAGGAAUUCGAGUUUUCGGAGGUCAUGAUCCACCAGACUAUCCAUACGAUAGAAUUCUGUCUGAAUACCGUAUCGCACACAGCUUCUUACCUCCGUCUUUGGGCCUUGUCUUUGGCCCAUCAACAGCUUUCGCUGGUUCUCUGGAGUAUGACUUUGGAGAAUGCCUUCGGGAUGACCGGGGCUAUCGGAGUCAUCGCAACAGUGGCCUUCUUCUUCGUCUGGUUCUUCCUGACCAUAGCUAUCCUAUGUGUGAUGGAAGGAACGAGCGCAAUGUUGCACAGUUUACGAUUGCAUUGGGUAGAAGCUAUGAGCAAGCACUUUAUAGGGGACGGCAUCGCGUUCGAGCCAUUCAGUUUCAAGCUGUUACUGGAAGAGGAGGAAGAAGGAGGCUGA